AUGGGACAAGAAACCAGAAGGCUCUCAGAUGAGUACGAUGUUUCAGACAUCCUAGGAAGAGGUGGAUUCUCUGUUGUGAGAAAAGGGACCAAAAAAUCAAGCAGUGAGAAAACCCAUGUAGCAAUCAAAACACUUAGAAGGUUAGGUUCCUCAAAUCCUUCUGGCUUACCAAGAACAAAGGGUAGUGAGAAUACCACAGCAUCUGUCAUGGGGUUCCCCACAUGGAGACAAGUUUCAGUCUCAGAUGCCUUACUCACCAAUGAGAUUCUAGUCAUGAGAAGGAUAGUGGAAAAUGUUUCACCACAUCCAAAUGUGAUUGACCUCUAUGAUGUGUAUGAGGACUCAAAUGGGGUUCAUCUUGUGCUGGAGCUAUGUUCUGGUGGGGAAUUAUUUGAUAGAAUUGUUGCACAAGAUAGGUACUCAGAAACUGAAGCUGCUGGAGUGGUUCGCCAGAUUGCAGCAGGAUUAGAAGCUAUUCACAGAGCUAACAUUGUCCAUAGAGACUUGAAGCCUGAGAAUUGCUUAUUCUUAGACAUCAGGAAGGAGUCUCCUCUUAAGAUCAUGGACUUUGGGUUGAGUUCUGUUGAAGAAUUUACUGACCCAGUUGUUGGUUUGUUUGGAUCUAUUGAUUAUGUUUCACCAGAGGCUCUUUCUCAAGGAAAGAUAACUACUAAGAGUGACAUGUGGUCUUUGGGAGUAAUCCUAUAUAUCUUACUCUCUGGGUAUCCACCUUUCAUUGCUCAGUCUAAUCGCCAAAAACAACAAAUGAUAAUGAAUGGGAAUUUCAGCUUCUAUGAGAAAACUUGGAAGGGCAUUUCCAAUUCAGCGAAGCAAUUGAUUUCAAGUCUUCUGACUGUUGAUCCUAGUAGGAGACCUAGUGCUCAAGAGCUUCUGAGUCAUCCAUGGGUCGUAGGUGACAAAGCCAAGGAUGAUGCAAUGGACCCUGAGAUUGUCUCAAGGUUGCAGAGCUUCAAUGCAAGACGCAAACUACGUGCAGCUGCAAUUGCUAGCGUUUGGAGCACCACAAUCUUCCUGAGAACAAAAAAACUGAGAUCAUUGGUAGGAACAUACGAUCUCACAGAAGCGGAAAUUGAAAAUCUCAGGAUACAUUUCAAGAAAAUAUGUGCAAAUGGAGACAAUGCCACUCUCUCUCAGUUUGAAGAGGUGCUGAAAGCAAUAAAUAUGCCAUCAUUGAUCCCUCUAGCACCACGUAUAUUUGACUUGUUUGACAACAACCGUGAUGGAACUGUUGACAUGCGAGAGAUUCUAUGUGGAUUUUCUAGUUUAAAAAAUUCCAAAGGUGAUGAUGCUCUUCGUUUGUGCUUCCAGAUGUAUGACACGGAUCGAUCUGGUUGCAUCACCAAGGAAGAAGUAGCAUCCAUGCUCAGAGCUUUGCCAGAUGACUGUCUUCCAGUUGAUAUCACUGAACCAGGAAAAUUGGAUGAGAUAUUUGACAGAAUGGAUGCCAACAGUGAUGGAAAAGUUACCUUUGAUGAAUUCAAAGCUGCUAUGCAGAGAGAUAGCUCUCUCCAAGACAUGGUCCUCUCUUCUCUUCGCCCACAAUAG